CUCCUCUGCGGGCUCCAGGAUUGGCUGCGCACAACAAGAAAAAAAAAAAAACGCCAACCGCAGUCAAUGAGUCGCUCGAUGGAAGCUUCGUAGCCGUGCACAGCGUUUCAUACGGACAGAGCUGCGUGCGGCUGCCGUUCACCUUUUGCAUUUUCAUGAGGACUUAACAGAGGUGCUUCUUCUCGCUGCCUCCUGAACGUCCUGCUGAUUCUUCUAUGGACACAGACUGAUUUUAAUAAAACAUCAACCUCUCCAAGGGCUCUUCCUCCUUCCCCUCAUCUCCGCCGCUCCUGCCACCAGAGACAAAAUGUUUUUUUCGGCGUUGAAACAUACGAAGGUGAUGAAGAACUGGCUUGUAGGACAUGCGAAGGAUGAACGGCGAGACGGCGGAUUUGAAAAGAAGCAAAAGCAGGAAGGAAGAGAGAAAAGGCGACGCACGACUGAGUGAACAGAGAGUGAGAUGGAGGAGGGUGCAAUUUCAUGUAGCUGUGAGAUGUGAGAGGUGUCAUCAUCUUCUUCAUCCUCCUCCUCAUCCUCCUCCCUGGCAACCGGAAGGCUGCAGUGCUGGAACCGGUUGCGGCGUCCAGUGCAGAUAGACUGAAGUUGGAGAGAGGAGGAAGAUGCCAGCCCCGCCUCCCCCGCCGCCCCCGGGGCCUCCCCCUCCUCCCACCUUUGCCGUCGCCAACACAGAUAAGCCAAAUCUGAACCGGUCGCAGCAGCAGGGAAGGAGCGCUCUGUUGUCGGACAUAGGCAAAGGCGCCAGAUUAAAGAAGACUGUUACCAAUGACCGCAGCACACCCAUACUGGACAAACCCAAAGGAGGAGGAGUUGGAGGAGGAGGAGUUGGAGGAGGAGGAGGAGGAGGAGGUGGAGGAGGUGGAGGAGGAGGAGGAGGAGGUGGAGGUGGUGGUGGCGGCGGCGGGGGCGGGGCCUCUGCUGGUUUAGGAGGCCUGUUUGCAGGCGGGAUGCCAAAACUGAGGUCUGCAGGAAACAGAGACACCAAUGACUCGGGGCCCAGUCGAGGACCUGUGCUCCCCCCAGGAGGCCGCUCCUGUGGCCCCACCCCCUUCGGCGGCGGCCCACCUAAACUCCCCGGAGCCCCCGGCGGCGUCCGCAACCACGUCCCUGAUUUGUCCAAGGGGCGCCCGAGUUUCUCCAGACAAGACACUCCCGGGGGGCCCCCUCCCCCCGUGCCCAACACACCUCGACCGACCCAGUCCUUCCUCUCGCGUGGGGGCCCGCUUCCGCCAUCACUCCCCAGCGGACCCAGGCCCAGCCCGGCCUCGGCGCCUCCACCUCCCAGUGUUCCGCCGGGGAGACACGGACCCCUCCCUCCCCCUCCAGGAGGCUCCUCGUCCGGUUCGAGACCGGGCUUCUCCGCGCCCCCUCCUCCACACCCGAACAGCAGCCGACCUCCUCUGCCGCCGACACCCGGAGGGAGACCCCCGCUUCCCGACGACCGGCCGCCGCCACCGCCGGCUCCUGUGGGAGGCCACCGGCCAUCCAUGCCCCGGGACAUGCCCCCUCCUCCCCCUUCUGUCAACUCCAAACCUCCUUCCCCAGUCUCUAACUCCUCGUCCCCUCGUUCGUCACCCAGUGGGGGUGUGCCCCCGCUCCCACCUGGGCGACCGGGCCCUCCCCCUCUCCCACCCACCCCAGCCGGAGGGGAUGACCACAGCACACCUCGUCUCCCCCAAAGGAACACCUCACUCAACAGCCAUGGUCCAGCUCCGCCUCACAGCCGGGCGGGGCCGCUCCCUCCUCCGCCCAACGAGAGGCCGCCAGCUCUUGGGAGGAACCAAUCCUCAGUACGCUCAGGGCCUCUUCCUCCCCCUCCUGCCUCAAGUCGCGGCGUGGGCGGGGGUUGCCUAAGGUCAUCGCCUGCCGCUUCUCCCAUUGGUCGGCCUUCUCCUACUGGCGGUAGACCUCCCCUCCCUCCGGACAGGCCCGGGACCGGCGGAGGAGGCGGACCUCCCCCUCCGCCGCCGAUGGGCAACGGCUUCCAAAACUCUCACCACCACCAGACACAGGAUGAGUGGGAGUGUCGGUUCACCUUCCACCCCGUGUCGGACCUUCCUCCACCGGAGCCCUACGUGCCCUUCCAGAAGACCUACCCCAGCAAGCUCGGCAAGACCGACAGCAGAGGUUCUGGUAAGAAGGAGAGAGGAGUUCCUCCUCUUCCUCCCAUACCCAGGUGAAGACGAGGUGUGCAGCCACGAACGACGAUCCUCUCUUCUGUCUGUUUCCCGUCCCCCUCCCUCGCUCCCUCUGUUCGCGCUCAUCGUGCUUUUCAAAAUGACAGCGUGGAUAAAAAAUGAAGUACUGUUGACCAAGUAAAAGGACAGACUCCCCGACGUGGAGUUCACAUCCACGUGUUGCCUCUGCAAGACCAAAGACCUGUUUCUCUCCUGCGGUACACUGUGUUCACAUGAAAAAAUUGUGGGUUUUUUUCUUUCUGUGUGGGCUUUGUUGAUCUGGCUGCUACGAAGCGUCAAUCACUCAUAAACAAUAGUACAUUUUUUCCCAUAAACCUUGAUCAACAUUGACUUUCUAUUCUGUGAACUACCUUUUCCAUCGCGUCGCUAACAGCGGUUGAUGGACUCCGUACGUUGCUUUGCUUAUCAGGGUUUUUUUUGUUGCCUUUUAAUCAACCAGCAUUCGACAGUCAGUACACAGUCAUGUGACGUCCCCCAGCCUGUUUACAUCCUGUAGCAAGAUCGACAUCUGUCGGCAAUAUUACUGUCAACGUCGGGAGUCCCAGGGUGAUGAGGCAACCAGUUGCCUUCCUCAUCAGGUGUUUUGAGAAACCGUUUCUCUCGCUCUCUUGUUUUGUACCAGUGUUUCCCGCUGUGCCUAUUUCUAUCCACGAUUGUACUUUGAGGCUGCAAAAAAAAAAGUAAGAAAAAGAGUUAAGGGGAAAAAAGCCUUUUGUGCCUUUAAAUAAUGUAUAAUAAAGGUUUGAUAACCUCUGCGGGUGGGAAUGUCGAAACAGAAGCAAUAUCGUCUAGAACAGAGGUUUUUCAAAGUGGGAGGCGGGGCCUUCUAGUGGAGGCUCGGUGAAUGGAAGUGGGGGAAAAAAAUAACAGGCCUUUUAUUAGUUACUGCUGGUAUGUACCCAUACCAGUAUCGGGUCCGAUACUGUGCUCAUGUACUUGUACUCAUAAAACUACUACGGCACCGGAUACCACGACGGCGACAUGGCGUCCUCUGGACAGUUGAGCAGGUCGGCGGCAUGAAGCGGAGGAGGAGCAGCAAUGUCAGCAAUUUGUAGCAAAAACACGCAAACUGUACAAAAAACAAAAGAAGCUGGCACUGACGAUCAUAAUAUAUCAUGCACAAGCUAUACAGCGCAUUAAAAGCCGUGACUCCACAGGGACAAGUACUCCGAUAAUCUAAGUACUGGGUCUGAAAAAAAGUGGUAUUGGUGCAUCCCUAGUAAGUACAUUAGUUAUCAAAAUGAGAUCAGGUAGAAAGGCCAAAAUGAUCAAUAUGAGAUUUUGGUGAAAGACAUAGUUCAGGGCUGUAAUAGAUUGGAAGAUAAUUUAAGUGUUUGAAACUGUAUGAAUGCCUUAGGACAGACUGUUUUUAUAUAUUUGAUGUGAUCUGGAGUUAUCUGAAACGGCAAUAUUAGGCUAUCGAGUGUCUAUGGGGAUGAAAUGACAGUAAAGUUAUCGCAUUGGCAUCCAGAGAUUGAGCCAAACUAAGUUGCGGGAGGGAGGUCCAUUGUGUCAGACUUUGAAAACUCCUGAUCAGGAAAAUAUCAAGCAUAGCAAAGUGUCUUUUAAUUACAGCAUCAAUAAUACCAAACUUUAAAAAAAAAGAUUUAAAAAAAAAUGACUACAACUUCUUGCCACCGCUGCAUUAAAAGAUCAGGGGAAAUGUUUUUUUGAUUUUGCCAAAGCCACGUGUGCCUGUCUGUGUGUUUACAUCUCCGUGUGUCUGUCGGGGAACCACCGAACGGUACGCUUUAAUUUGAUUGUUACACGGGUGGGAUAUGAUGAGCACGCGUGUGGAUGUUUGUGAUUGAGAAUUUUUGUGGCAGCACUGGUUUACAGUUGAACUGAUUUAUUAUUAUUCAUUUUUUGCUGUUUUGUUCAAAAGCUGCCCUGACUCACAACGAAGGACCCAUGUAUGUACCUGUAUGAUUCAAUCAAGUGCUACAGAAGGAUUGUAUUAUUUUUUUAACUUAUGUUUAAAGAACUGUGCAGUAUUAAUGUUCUUGCUUCACCCGCCGAUGCUUUGAAUGGUGUGCUGUUGUGUACGUGAUGUUAUAUUAUUAUAAUUAUUAUUAUUAUUAUCACGUGCUGGUCAAAUUUUCGUUCAGACAAUCACACACACACACACACAUACAAAAAUGUAUUUACAUGAAUAAAUAAAAAUGCUUUAAGAUGCUUUCUGUGCUCUGCUUGAGAUGAAAUGUGCUUUUAUUGGACUAUACAUUGUAAUUUGAUAUAUAUUGCUUUGAGUACACACUUUGCAUCAUUUACAUGUUUGUGCAAUAAAAAUGGGCAAUAAUUUGAUAAGAAAGUGUGUCACGUAAUAAAGACACUUUCUGGAAUGUUGUCUUUUUACAAUA